GCGGAGCCCUAAACGUCCAAAACACGACGCCAAGAGGUUUUGACCAAGCGUCCGUACCAACACUGGGUGAAAGUAGCCUAAGAAGACGCCCCUGGAUCCCGAGUGAAUGUCUGUUAAAACCGCGGUUCAAAGGUAGGGUUGUCCCAACUCUAGCUGAAAAACAAUAACGCCACGCAUCAUAACAGGAUGAAAAACUUAUUUUUGUUGCUUCUCUUCUGUCACGUUUCAUCAGCAGUGAAACACUCCCUGAAGUUUUUCGCAGCUGCAUCUUCUGGAGUCUCACACUUAAUUGUAGCAGCUGCAGUUGUUGAUGGUAUAAUGGCGGUUUACUGCGACAGUAGAGAAGUACAAGCAAAACAGGACUGGAUGAAAACAUUUUUUGAAAAAAUUCCUCAGCAUAAUGAGAUUUACAGUCGAGAGUGUUUCAAGCAUCUGCCGAACGUCCUCAAAGCCAGGAUUGAACUUUUUAAGCAGCACUUCAACCAAAGUGGAGGUGUCCAUGUUUUACAAAGGAUGUGUGGCUGUGAGUGGGAUGAUGAGACAGAAGAAUUUAAUGGUUUCUCUCUGUAUGGUUAUGAUGGAGAAGACUUAUUGGCAUUUGACCUGAAGACAGAGAAAUGGAUUGCUCUGAAACCACAGGCGUUCGACAUCAAAAAGGAAUGGGAUGCUGACAAAGACAGAGCAAAAAAGUAUGAGAAUUACCUCACUCGUAUUUGCCCCGAAUGGCUGAAGAAGUAUGUGGACUAUGGCAACAGUUCUCUGCAGAGAACAGAGCUUCCCUCAGUGUCUCUCCUCCAGAAGACUCCCUCCUCUCCAGUCAGCUGCCACGCUACAGGUUUCUACCCUGACAGAGCCACGAUGUUCUGGAGGAAAGAUGGAGAGGAGUUUCAUGAGGACGUGGACCACGGAGAGAUCCUCCCCAACAACGAAGGAUCCUUCCAGAUGAGUGUUGACCUGAAUCCUCCAACUGAAGACUGGGAGAAGUACGAAUGUGUGUUUCAGCUCACUGGUGCGAAGGACGACAUCAUCACCAAACUGGACAAAGCAAAGAUCAGAACAAACUGGGAUGAGUCCAGUAACGUCACCAUCCUGAUUACCGCCGCAGUGUUUGUUCCUGCUGUCGUCCUCAUUGCUGUUAUUGGAUUUACUGUUUACAAAAAAAAGAAAGCCAAACGACCUCCACCUCCUCCUGUCAACAGCUCUGAGCUCUCUGAGAGACUGAAUCUAGAAACAAGACUGACAAACACACCAACCUGCACCUUAGACUGUAUAAAAGCCCUGCACACAGUGAUUUCAUGUUGGACAGCAAAACAGUAAAUGCUGCAACUGCGUUAAUGCUGCUUUCCAAAUUGCUCGAAACUCGGAAAUUGUAAAGUUACAAUUUCUGACUGACUGAUAAUUAUCAUCAUGUACUCUUUAUCGAGUGUGCACACAACUGCAUGAACCCUCAGCUGUGCACUUAGUAUUAAUUAAAAAGAGCUUUUGUAAUGAAAACAAGUGACAUACAUACGUCAGUUGGUAAUCCUCAAAACUCAAUAAAUUUGUGUACUUCCUAAUGGUUUUUUCUAUUUUUCCUGAAUAACUGUGCAGAGAAGACGACUUUUAGAGACUGCUUGCAUGACCAGGUCUUACUAUAUGAUGGUAUGUAUUAUUUUAAUUCGAUACAGGCACAUAUACUUUAUGUCGUCCUUUAGUUUAUGCUUUACCAUCUACAAGUUGCCAUGGGAGCUGCCAUUGUUGUGUGACAUCAUUCAUUUUUGUAGUACAACUUUUGUAUUGAAACUGUGUAUUUUUUGUUUGCUGUGUUUGAUCCAGAAGAGGUGGCUUUUGUUGAGGUAUGCCAUCUUGUGAAGAUUUGAACUGAGAUGAGGACUCAUUAAUUGGUGCUGGAACUGUGGGUUUUGUAUUGAGCACUGACCGCAUAAUACACCGUGUUGUAAUGUUUUGUGUAACCUAAAUAUACAACAUAGCUUAUAUUAAAUGAUGCCUAAAUGA